AUGGAGGGCGCACCAACAAGCUGUGGAACGGAAACUCAAAACCCAAGAUUUCGCCUUAUCGAGGAUUGCAGCAAAGACGUGGGGCCCGAGCCUAUCCAGGGCUCGGGAGGUCUACCUCCAAGAGCUACAGGGCCGAAGGGGCCUGCAAAGGUCUUGUCAAAAGCUCAGAACAGGAGCCUUCGAAUAGUAGUAGGGGCAUACAAGUCAGCUCCUAUUCGGUGCUUAGAAACAGAGGCCUGGGUGCCACCGCUAGACCUAUAUCUCAACAAGCGGCUGGCCGACUUCGAGGGCCGGCUACAGAAGCAGGCCUUACAGUCAGGGGCUGGGCCGGAGGCUGAGAGAAUAACCACGGGGCAUCUAAUUACUGAGGCCUGCAAUAAGGUCUACCGAAGGUUCAACAAGAGGAGGAAAACCCGAGGCCGGAGGCCCCGUCAGGGCCCGCAGAGUCCCACGCCCACUGAACUAGCCGCUAGUGUAGUGGCCCAGUGGGUUAACUACAAAUGGAAGAUCGGGGGGAAGGAUAGGGGGUCGAAUACCAAGGAGGUGGUCGAACUAGCCUGGCAGGCCCGGUGGGAACAACAGAGAGCUAGUCAACAAAGUACUACUCGACAGAGGGUAUUAAACAGGAGGAUAGCCGACGAAGACCCCCCAGCCCUCUUAUUUACCGACAAAGCUCUGAUGAGACACGAAGGUCUUACAAAGGCGCAGAGCUCUCUCCUUUCCCAGGCCCGUAUCGGGGAUAUAGGCCUCCGGGACUACCUGUUCAGGGUGAAAGUCCCGGAGGUCCGUACCCCCUAUUGCGAGUGCGGGAGGGGCAGGGAGACAGUGGAGCACUUGGUGGUUUGGUGCCCCGACCCGCCGUUACAAAGGCCGUGGGACGGCAGAGAGAUUCGGUCACAUCGGGACCUACAAACCGUAUUACGGGGAGGAAGAGCAACGGGCGAUCCAAUGGCCAUCACGCAAUUGCCCCAGGGCCAUGGUGAAGACUCCGACUCCGAGUCCCAUCAGCAUGCGCAACCAGGUCCAGUCCAAUCCCCUCCGGUCCUGCGCGAGCACUCCCUCUCCAACGCCUCCACCGUGACGGUCGACAUCGAGUCCUGGACCGUCGCUGCCCUCGAAUCGUUGCGCAUCGCCCCCAUCGCCCGCGGCACCGGCAACGCCCUGUCCAUCCCGCUCGACGAUGCGCACCAGCACGCUGAGGUCCGGGAUGCCGCGGGGAUGAAGCUGCACGGCGUCGCAUUCGACGGCCCCACCGACCCCUACGGCGCAACCAUCGCCCCGCCCCGCCGCCCGCCCUCGCGCCGCGAUAGCAUGCGCAAGCGUGACGCCCUCGUCAAGGGCAAGGAGGGCAGCCGGCAGCGCAGGCGGUGGGAGAACGACCACCUCCUCCACGUUCCCAACGUCGUCCCACCGCUGCCCUCCGACUGGCAAAUCCACCCCACCCACCGCGUGCUACCGACCGUGCCCUACCAGCUAGCGCAGUACUGGGACAAGGGCCUGCGCGAGCGCGUCGAGGCCCAGAAGCAGCAGAAGCGCGGCAAACACCCACGCCGCAGCACCAACAACAACAACGACAACGCGGGCGGCCCCGGCCCGGACGAACCCGUGGGCCACGUGCCGCGCGACCUGCGCAACACGGCCAAGCGCACGCCGGCCGUCAAGUCGUGGCUGCGCGUGCUGGAGGAGCCCGUGCGCGCGUUUGUGGUCGAGCGCGGGCUCGCUUCCGCUUCCGCCUCUGUUGAGAGGGCUGUUGGGGGGAAUGGGGAGAGUAGCAGUGAUGAGACGGACUCGGACGACGAGGAGAUUGUGUUUGUGGGGCGCAAUGGCCGCAUGCGUGAUGGCAAGCCGUGGAAGCCCGCCCGGAGGCAGGUCGCUGGGCAGGGGGCGGACCAGGGCCACGGCCAGGGGGAGGGUGAGCGUGGGUUGGUGCUGGAGUUGGAGAUGGAGGAGGAGGCGGGCGGUGGGGCGUUUAAACGCUGGCUCACGCACUCCAUCUCGGACUACUACGGCCUCGACUCCAAGUCGGUCAUGGUGGGCACCCCCGCGCGCCGCGUCGUCUACGUCGGCGCCAAGCAGAAACCGACGCAGACACAGACUGCGGCGCGGCAGAAUCUGCCCAGCCGGCCUGUGCUGCCGCCGCCGCUGUGGGAGAUGUUCUGA